AUGUCAGAAGAACGGUCUAUUACCGAUCUCUUUCUCGACCAGACAUUCAAACUCUACAAGUGCAACCAAUCCUUAGUCACGAUAAGUGCUUCUACAAAUGUCCUCGCUGCGGAUCAAGUUGCUUAUCUCAAAGAAAACAUCGCCAAAUACCUCUACAGUGUAUAUCGAAGACGAAGAGACGAGUCUCGUGAAGGAGAGAUUAUACCACGGUACUCCAGAGCCGAUGAUAUAGAGCCAGAAUUGAAAAUCACCUUUGGUUCCAGAAACACCAGCUUUGAAAAUCGCAUCUAUAACAUUCAGUAUUUAAUAAUAAGAACUUCGGACAGAAGCCUACAAUUGCCACGACAGAUAUUUAUAUUUAUCAAUAGGGACGGGGUCGACUCGGAUGGCAAAUCAUUCAAUACUAUAGUACUCAAUCGGCAGUUUAACAGCAGCAGUUCUUCUGUCCAAGUCAAUAACUUCAUCAUAUCGCUAUUGGAAAAUAUGCCUGAUAUUGAAACAGGCCUAGUGAUGAAGGAGUACCGGUUGAACGAAAAGUAUAUAGAGACGGCGAUUAAUGAACUCUCCAACAGCAUUAAAGAUCUCAAGGAUACGAGGGUAGGUGAAGAAGUGAGGCUUAUGGAUGGUUUACUAGGUGAUUUGGAAAUUACGUACAGUUCAGAAUCAAAGUCUAGCACUUUUUCCAAUGGACCAGUUAUAAAUGGCAAUUUGCGAAAUAUUGUCAUAAAUAUUCCGCAGAAGGACAUCACCGAGUUUAUCAACAAGUUUGAGAAAGAAAGUGAACACGGUGAGAAACAGACAAAGUUGCAGCUCAUCUCGGAGAUCAAUGGGUUCCUUUAUGAUAAUAGUUCGAUAAAUUUCGAGAACUUGGCUAUUGUCAAGUUUGUGUCGAGCGUGGUGAAUAUCUCUGCAGAGGGCAAGAUUAAAAUCUCGGGAGCCAAAAUUGCUGUCGGUGAUGAGUCGGUGAAGGACAGGAUAGUGUGGUUCCUUCUAGAGUCUUUGUAUAAUGAGAAGGCAUUGGCCAGACAGUAG